AUCUGUAGUUACUGUCCUAUCACAGCUGUAUGUCAGUUUAUGUAUGGAAUGUGUCUUUUUUUACAAGUUUUUAGUUUAUAUAACAGUUUACAAAAGAAAUGAUAAAUUACAUCUUUAGAUAAUUAAAAUUACUUAAGUAUCGAUGAAGGAGAAUUUCGAUAGCUAAAGAUUUAAGGUUAUGCAGUAACGUGAAAAGGAAUGAACAGAAACGAUGAAUAUCGAUGAAAAUUGGCAAAAUUUUACUGAAAAAAAAUGUAUAAGAUUUAAGUCUACCAAAAAGUCCGAUAGCCAGAGUAAUAAAAUUCAAGAUGUGAAGAGUCAAUUCAGUUUUGAGAAACGUCGGCAAAAAGGACAAGGUAUGUCUCUCUCACAGUUUUUACGAACGGAAUUAACGAGAGGCUAUCAAUUGGAAAAUGAUGAAGAAAGAUUUUCUGCAAGAAGGGAAAAAAUUUAUUCCUUUAUGAAAAUUCCAAGGGAAGUCGAAAAGUUUAUGAUCUAUGGAUUCUUGCAGUGUGCAGACUCAUUUCUAUUUGUUUACACAUUUUUACCGUUGAGAUUCAUGAUGGCACUAUGGACAGUAAUUACAAGACCCCUUUGGUACUGUUUAAGAAAAGAGAGGAAUAAUUUAAAAGUUGGAGAAAGACAUUUAAGACCUGCAGAGAUCUGUGAUCUUUUGAAGGGAAUUGUAGUGAUCAGCUGUUGGGCAGCUACUUGGAAAGUUGAUACAUCUAUGAUGUAUCAUUUGGUGAAAAGUCAGUCGGUAAUAAAAUUGUACAUAUUUUAUAAUAUGCUGGAGGUUGGGGAUAGAUUGUUCAGUGCUUUUGGUCAAGAUACAAUUGAUGCUUUGCUGUGGACUGCUACAGAGCCUAGAUCAAAGACCCAAACAGGAUCCCAACAUUUGGGUACGCUACCGCACUUGCUGUUUGCGGUUACUUAUGUUUUGUUGCACAGUAUAUUGGUAUUGUUCCAAGCAACUACAUUAAAUGUAGCAAUAAAUAGCAGCAACAAAGCCUUACUGACUAUAAUGAUGUCUAACAAUUUUGUAGAAUUGAAAGGUUCUGUUUUUAAGAAAUUUGACAAGAAUAAUCUCUUUCAACUAUCUUGCGCAGACGUAAGGGAGCGUUUUCAUUUAAUGAUGCUUCUUCUUGCUGUAAAUCUGCAAACGAUGAAAGAAUAUGCAUGGAAAGCGGAGCGUCUCGCGGUGCUUUUACCAGAUUGUAUAAUGUUGUUAUUGGCAGAGGUCCUCGUAGAUUGGGUGAAACACGCCUUUAUAACCCGUUUCAAUGAGCUUCGUUCCACAGUGUAUAGGGGUUACACUAUAAGUUUAGCUUACGAUAUGGCACAAACGCGUCAAGAAACUGCUUUUUCUGAUCCUUCAGAUUUGGUAGCUCGUAGGAUGGGUUUCAUUCCUCUUCCUCUUGGCGUUGCGAUAGGGAGAGUCCUAUGCACAACUAUCACACCAGCUGCGAAACCAGCAAACAUAAUUCUUUUACUUUUAGCAUACCUAAUUCUAGUAGCGUUAAGAAUUCUAAUCAGCUUAGUAGUUCUUGGUAAGGCAUGCGAUUUGAUCGCAUCGCACACGAAGGAAUCGGAGGUGGUGUCUUUAAAGCAUUCAGCUACUAGUACGGAUGUAAAGAAUCCAAAUCUAGCUACAGCAAUGUUUUCCAAUAGUUCAAUCAGUUUAAAUAAUGUUUGUCUAAACGAAGCUGUCUUAAAGGAGGAGGUAGACAAUGAAAAAAUUAGUAAAGAAGUUAUAGACUAAUGUAUAUAUCUUUUUUUACUAAGUUAUAGACACAAUUGAUAAUCUUAUAUUAGAAAAAUUCUUUGAAUGAUAAUGAAACAAUUUUACAAAUUUAUUCUUAAAAAGGCCUGUAUAAAAAUCCUUGCUGUACAGAAACUGUGAUAAUAAAUAUUUAACAUUUA